AUGGAUCACUUAUCUUAAAGACAAUUACUAUAAUUAUUGUAUGAAAAGGAUUGUUAUAUUUAAGCACUUGAAUAGUAAUUAGAAUUUAGUAGAUAAGAGGUUUCAUUACUAAAAAGUUAAAAAUAAUCAAUAAUUAUUCAAAAUCUUUCAUCAGAUGAAGAUUGUAAUUUAGAUGAGAAUUCAGAACCUGCAAUAAGUGAUAGUAGAGUAGAAUAGUUUUAAAGUUCAGGCAAGAAGAUUAAAUUAAAGGCUCCUCUAUAAGAAAGCAAUAAUUUUAAUGUUUCUUAAUUUAGACAAUCUACUUAAUACUUAAAACAGAAAGUAUUGGAUUCAUUUGAUAUUUAAAAUGUUACUAUUGAUAAUUUAAAGGUUAUAAGAAAUAAUGAUUAAUUAUUUGAUGAUUUAUAUAUUUUAGGAUUAGGAUUAGAAUUAUCAAAUGAUCCAUAAGUGAUAUAUUCAUACAAUUAAGUUAGUAAAUAUUUAUUAUCAAAUUAGAAAAUCAAUAAUACAUACUUUAAAUUUCAAAAUUUAUAUUCCCAGAUGGAUGUAAACCUAAAGUAAUACCAUUAUCUUUUAGUUUAGAAGAUAUUAAUUUAAUGAUGAAUUAAAAUUAUUCAAUAGAUUCUUCUAAUUGUUUUGUUAUUCUGACUAAAUAAACUGAAUAACAAUAAUUAAAAUAUCAUAUAUGUUAUCGUUAUACAGAUUUUACUAUAUUAAGUAAUGAAUAAGUCAGAUUUAGUAAAAGAGCUAUCUGUUUAACAACAAGCAAAUAUUUAAUUGACUUUUAUUAACAAAUUCUAAUUGCAAUAUUAAUAUAAUUAAAAUGCAUGAGAAAUAAUUUAUAUUAAAGAACUAAAAGUAUUUCAUAAACAGAUACUAAUUUCUUUGAUAAGAAUAUUGCAUAAAUAAGUUUUAGAAUUUUAUCUUAACUUAUUUAGAAGAAUUCUCUUAAUUUUAUAACAAUUAAUAAUUAAGAAUUAAAAAUAUGUGAAAAUGAUAAUAUUUUAUGGGUAUUAAUAUUUGAAAUAUUAGGGAAUUCCACAAUUAUUUAAGAAAUUGAAUUCUUAAAGUUUGAUUAAAAUAUUUGUAAGUUGUUUAAUUGAAAAAUCAAUUGUAUUUGUUAGUAAAUCACCAUAAUUAUCAACUGCAGCUUGUUUAUUAUGCUAAAAGUACUUACUUAAACCAUUUGCAUGGAUCCAUCCUAUAAUAAGUAAUUUACCAUUGGAAAAUAUAGUUUAUUUAGGAAGUCCAGUUCCAAUAAUUGCAGGUUUAGAAUGUGUAAAUAUAAUUGAUAAACUUAGAAUUUUACUACUCUUUAGAGUCAAGGAGUUAUAAAUAAAUUUUAAAAUACUAUUUUUAUUAAUUUGGAUAGUAAAUAAUAAAUAUAAUUUGGUAACACAGAUGCUAUUCCAUUAUUAUCAGCAGAAUUAAUGACAUAUCUAUUAGGAAGAUUGGAUUCUUACUUUUAAAUUAUAUAAUAAAAUCAUAACAAUUACAGUUAAUGUCUGUAAAUUUUUAAUUAGUUAUUUCAUGCCAGAGUAAUAAGAAAUAUUCCAAUAGAACCAAUUAGAUAGAAUACAAAUUAAACAUCUAAAAAAUCUACUAAAUUAAUUUUAGAUUAUGAGAAAAUAGCCUUAAAAACAUUAUAAAAUAUGGGAACAAUUAAUGCAGAUAAAGUAAUAUGGAAGUAGUUCUUUCAAACAUAAAUUUUUAUAUAAUUUAUUGAUUAAUAUUAUCAUUGA